CACAGAGUCACAGUGGCACCUGGCAUCUGCAUCUGGCACCACAAACCCCCAACUUCCAGAGCUGCGAUGACUGAUUGCCAUGCCUGUGAAGGCCCGAUUGCUGCGUACGCCAGCCUGCCUCAGGCAAAUGCUGUUGCUCGACUGCUGCUGGGCCUUCAGCCCUACCCGGCAGGCGGUCGCUGUCCUGAAUGACUCCGUCCUUGUGUGCUCCACGGGACAGCGUUCCACAUCGCCAUGGCCUCUUCCUCGCGCUCUGCAGUUCGUGCCGAGUACCGACUGCAGCACCUGCUUUCACAUCUAGGAGACGGAAAUGAACCGCGACCCGCCAAGAUUCCCAUUGCCCUUCUUGUCCCACCGACUCGAGGCGGCACAGACGCUGGUGGAACAUCCAUGGAAGACAGCCACACCGAAUUUCUGGCGGCAACCUGCUUCCGCGAGAUGGAACGCCAGUGGGAAGUUAAUCCAAAGUGUCCUGGCCCCUCGCCGCGAUCAAAGCACUCGUCGAUCGCGGGAAACGUUUCAGUCCCUCUUCGCUCAAUUUGCUCAACCGAGUGCGGUCAGAGGGCUGGCAUGGAGGGGGUCACUUGGCUGUUCUCCGUCUGCAUCCUCUACAUCCGGAUGAAGCUACAACUUCGUCCCCACGACAAUUCGUUAUCAGCUCGAUCAGAUCUGCAUGCCUAUCGGUCUAAAUUCGAGCACGUUCGGCCGCCGUCAGAGGAAGUGACGGACUUAGCCAUCGUGGAUGCAAUCAUCCCCCUGGUGGUCAACUCCGCGACAAUUUGUCACCUCCCUUGAUGUUCCUUGAAUAGAUACAAUAUCACGG